AAUCAUAUUCAUCUACUCUUCAUUCCACUUUCCUCCGCCUCGCCAUCCGCUCCCCGACUCCCUUCCCCUUCUCUUCUCCCUUUUCCCCUCCGAUUCGCCGUCGCUCUACCCCGAUGGAUCGCCGAAUCGUUCCUCCUAGUAGUGACGCCCACGUUUCGCUGCCGAUGGAAUCUCGGUCGAUGUCCGGUGAGAUCCACGUGAUCCUUGGCCCCAUGUUCGCUGGAAAGACCACCGCUCUCCUCCGCCGGAUCCAGAUCGAAAUGAACAAUGGGAGCACAUCCGUGGCGAUGAUUAAAUCCGACAAAGAUCACAGGUAUGGACUGGAUUCUGUGGUGACGCACGAUGGGGUGAAGAUGCCAUGCUUUGCGGUGUCGGAGCUUUUGUCAUUCCGAGAUAAAUUAGGCGCUGAAGCAUACAAUAAGUUGGAUGUGAUAGGAAUUGAUGAAGCGCAAUUCUUCGAAGACCUUUACGACUUCUGCUGCAAUGCAGCAGAUUGCGAUGGGAAGACUGUUGUCGUUGCAGGUCUGGAUGGCGACUACUUAAGGAAGAGAUUUGGCUCGGUGCUUGAUGUUGUUCCACUAGCUGACUCGGUGAUGAAGCUCACGGCACGGUGUGAGAUUUGUGGUAGGCGUGCUUCCUUUACCCUGAGGAAGACUAACGAAACGCAAACCGAGCUCAUUGGUGGUGCUGAUGUUUACAUGCCUGUCUGUAGACAACACUAUGUGGACGGAGGUUGUUGAUAAAGCUUCAAGGACUGCAUCGACUAUCCUGAUGAGUUCAACCGGGGUUUGAAGUCCGAAAUAACUUAUUUACGUUGUUACACUUGAUCAUUCGGUAUACUUAGAAUCCUUCUGUUUGUUUCCUGUCCUAUCUGUGACUGCUAAAUUUCCAUAUAUAUAUAUAUAUUUAUGAGGUGUGGUGA